AUGUCUACUCCCAAAGGUGAGGAAGUUCACGUGAGUGUGGUGAAUGUCCGCUACUACGAGGGCUACCGCCGCGGUUCCCUGCCCGGACAACGGUCCUUCCACCUGAGGCUCCCCCACCCGCGGACUCCUGGGCCGGGCCCGCCUGGGGUCGCGGAGGAGGCGAUAGCCGACCGCUGUGCCGCCAGGCCCUCCGCGGCCCUGAGCACACGAGCCGGCUCCGCCCAGCAGGGCCACGCCCACACGAGCGCCGGGCGGCCUCGCCCCGACACUCUGGCCUUCCUGCUGCAGGUGUACGCGCCGCUGCCCGGCCGCGCCGACGCCUUCCACCGCAGCCUCUUCCUCUUCUGCUGCCGGGAGCCACCGUGCUGCGCCGGCCUCCGAGUUUUUAGGAAUCAGCUACCCAGGAAAAAUGACUUUUACUCAUAUGAGCCACCUUCUGAGAAUCCUCCCCCCGAAACAGAAGAAUCUGUGUGUCUCCAACUUAAGUCUGGUGCACAUCUCUGCAGGGUUUGUGGCUGCCUAGGCCCCAAGACAUGCUCCAGAUGCCACAGUGCUCAUUAUUGCAGUAAGGAACAUCAGGUUCUAGACUGGAGAUCAGGACAUAAGCAGGCUUGUACACAACCAAAUCAAUUGGAAUAUACAGUUCCAGACCACAACUUCCUUUUUCCAGAAUUUGAAAUUGUAACAGAAACAGAGGAUGAGAUUAUGCCUGAAGUCAUGGAAAAGGAAGAUGACUCGGAGGUUGUACGGAACAUGGGUGAAGCACUUGAGGAAGAACUGGAUUCCAUGGCAAAACAUGAAUCCAGGGAAGAUAGAAUUUUCCAGAAGUUUAAAACUCAGAUAGCCCUUGAACCAGAACAGAUUCUCAGAUAUGGUAGAGGUAUUGCCCCCAUCUGGAUUUCUGGUGAAAAUAUCCCUCAAGAGAAGGAUAUUCCAGAUUGCCCUUGUGGUGCCAAGAGAAUAUUUGAAUUCCAGGUCAUGCCUCAGCUGCUGAACUACCUAAAGGCUGACAGACUGGGCAGAAGUGUUGACUGAGGUGUCCUGGCUGUCUUCACCUGUGCUGAAAGCUGUAGCUUGGGCACUGGCUAUACAGAGGAAUUUGUAUGGAAGCAGGAUGUAACAGAUACACCUUACAGACAUUAAAGCCUUAAAAACAUUA